UUGGCGCUGCUCGUCGCCGGAGCAUCGGCCCAGUGCCACAACAACUGCAACCAGAAGGGCCUCUGCAACAGCCGGUCGAUCUGCGAGUGCUUCACGGGCUACGCGGGCCCGGACUGCGCCGACCGGAGCUGCCCCUCGGGCCGGGCCUGGUCCGACAUGCCCAACGCGACGGACAGCGCGCACGCGUACGCCGAGUGCUCGAACCGGGGCUACUGCAACCGGAAGACGGGCUUCUGCGACUGCGACGCCCUCUUCGGCGGCUUCGCGUGCGACCGCCUACAGUGCGCGACGAUGUACAGCGAGGCCGAGCCGGACGAGUUCGGCGAGCAGCCCGAGUGCAGCGGCCACGGCCGCUGCAUGAGCGUCGCCGAGGCCGCCGAGUCCUUCGACGGCUUCCACCUGAACCGCAGCGCCCACCGCUACGACCCCCAGGGCGUGCCCUACGAUUUGUGGGACGCGGACAUGAUCUACGGCUGCGUCUGCGACCCGGGCUUCGAGUCCUUCGACUGCUCCAAGCUCACCUGCGACGUGGGCGACGACCGGCGCACGUACCGCAAGGGCACGAAGGACGACUACGUCUGCUCGCUCCACGGCGAGUGCGACUACGACACGGGCACCUGCGACUGCUUCGCGCCCUAC